UGAAGUAUUUCCGGUUAUUUUUCAUAACUUACAUAUCGGAUUUAUUUGCUUUGAUAAUUAAUAUACAUUCAUACAGUGUGAAAAAAAGUGUUUUAAGACAAAGUAUUUUUUUGUUUGAUGGAGGGAUGAUUAAGUAUUUCAGUUUGUUUUUUUAUGAACUAGUACAGAACAUAUCAGUCAUAGCUUGUUUAUAAAUUUCACCAACAUUCAGUUUGAAGAGUUUGGAAUAAUUCAUCUACUUUAAGUUUGAACCUCAAUAUCACCCUAUAGUGAUGAAGAUUAACACAACAGUCUCAGCCGGGAACCAUGAUCCGAAAGGAACAGAAAAUAACGACACAUCUACAGAUACGUUUGAUCAAAACUUUCCAAUGUAUGUGGGUAUAGGGAUUGGCUCUGGCAUUCUUUUGUGUCUGUUAGUUAUACUGUUGAUAUUGAUGUAUAAACGAGGAACGUUCCGGAAACUACGUAAACAGAACAGUACAAGUACCCGCCGGCUGUACUUCCGGGGAUUCAGUACGGUAUCACAGAGGGGAGCCAUAGACAGCACAGCUGAGUUCGAAAUUGUGAACACAGUGAGUGUAAGCAGUGAAGAUGGAGGUGAGCAUGCCAGGACAAAUUCUAAAUCGGAUUUGGCACCUAAAAAGCCGGAGCGUAAACGCACAAGAACAGCAUCAAAUAAUGUAAAAUACGAAAAUGUGACUUUAGAUUCGAACGCUGGUUUUGUUGUAAGGAAAAGUGUAAGCAUGAGUUCUGGUAUACCCUACAUGGAUUCUACACUAGAAAGUAGAUUGUCCGAAAAAGACGAGGAUCUUGAUGAUGUUUUCCACUGAACAUUUUAAUGGAAGAUGAAUUGACAAUCAAUUAUCACGUCACAUAUAAAAUGUUAUGUCAGUGUGGAAUACAAGGACUAUUCAUUUCCAUGGCAACUGAUUUUCAUUGAAAGUGCCUCUUUACAUUAAAAUUGUUAAAUGAUAUCGGAUUCAUGGCAUUUGUUUGUUAAUGACAGUGGAUUUUCAUGGCCGUUAUUUUAAGUACUGUUGAUUUUCAUGACAGUUGUUUUAAU